CAACAAAGAAAAAUAAAUAAGCUAGUAGUACGACACUCUCUUUUGGAGAUAAGAAACAAAAUGGCUACAUUUAGCUAUUUGUGUCCUCUAAUAUUUAUGUGUAUCAUAGUGUCUAGCCAUGCUCAAUUACAACAAAACUUCUAUGCCAAGAGUUGUCCAAAAGCAGAGAAGAUUAUUUUAGACUAUGUCCAGAAACACAUUCCAAAUGCUCCAUCUCUUGCUGCUGCCUUAAUAAGAAUGCAUUUCCAUGAUUGCUUUGUCAGGGGAUGUGAUGCAUCUGUGCUCUUGAAUUUCACUUCAAGUACAGGAAACCAAACUGAAAAAGUGGGAAUCCCAAAUCUAACACUGAGAGGUUUCUCAUUCAUUGAUGAUGUGAAGAAAAUAGUUGAAGCUGAAUGCCCUGAAGUAGUUUCUUGUGCUGAUAUUAUUACGUUAGUUGCUCGAGACUCUGUUGUGGUCACAGGAGGUCCUUUUUGGAAUGUACCAACUGGAAGAAGAGAUGGUAGAAUUUCUAAUGCUUCAGAGACAUUAUCAGACCUCCCAGCUCCAACCAGUAACUUUUCCACUCUACAAACUGAUUUUGCUAGGAAGGGUCUUGACCUCAAAGACUUGGUCCUAUUAUCUGGUGCUCACACCAUUGGAGUCUCUCAUUGCUCGUCAUUCUCAACGCGUUUAUACAAUUUUACUGGGACUUUUGGUACUCAAGAUCCAUCUUUGGACAGCGAAUACGCAGCUAACCUUAAGGCCAGAAAAUGCAAAUCAAUCAACGACAACACAACAAUAGUCGAAAUGGAUCCAGGGAGUUUCAGGACAUUUGAUCUUAGUUACUACAAGCUUUUACUCAAAAGGGAGUUUCAGGACAUUACCUACCCUUUUGGCCAAUCAUUACUACCCGGACUACCCGACGUCCCUACCCAACAUCCAGAUGAGGCCUUUUCCUUCUUUAUACUAACACGUGGAGAAAGUGUCCAUAUGGUCUCAAUAUGUUCUUUUUUGGCUUAAUGCAUAUGCAACCCUUUAAAUUUGUCCUUUUUUUUAUUUUU